AAGCAAUUUCCUGGAAUGAAAGAGCGACGUCACAGCAGAGUAGGUCAGACACAUCGAUUCAGGAAAUGAAACUGCAGUUAUUCAGCUGAGAGUCUCCAUGGCUGUUAACAAGAUGGCACAUAGAAAUGGACCUCUUCAAGAAAAAACGGUUAACCGCUCUAAAGAAAAACUGAAAGUCCUGCCUCAAGAAAUCUUGGAAGAUGUAACCGUGGUUCAAUUAAUCUUGGAACGUAACAGGCUCAAAAACAUUUCUGGUAUCAAAAACCUGAUUAAUUUAAAGACUCUUAAUCUGUCGAGAAACGACCUUGUGGACUUCCCUGUGGAAAUAGCACAGCUUGUACAACUAGAGACUCUCUACUUGAACCAGAACAAGAUCCAAACUAUACCUGAUGGAAUCUUCAACCAGCUUCAGCAGCUCAAGUUCCUCAAAUUGAGCACCAACCACCUCAGUAAGAUCCCCAGUGAUCUCGGCUGUUGCAAGAGCCUUCAGUACCUCAAUCUGUCCCAUAACAGCUUGAAGGAUCUUCCUGAGGUUGUGCUGGAGCUACAGAACCUCAAGGAGCUGUUUGUGGAGUACAACAGGCUCCGGGAGCUUCCUGCCAAGCUCUUUGAGAAUCAGAACCUAGAGAAAUUCAGUGCUGCUUCCAACCGCCUGAGAGAACCUCCAGAUGAGGUCUGUGCUGGGGGUCUGAAGCAGAUCCGGAGCUACUUCAGCCAGCUCAGGAGCUCAGAGGCAGACUAUGUGAAGAGAGUAAAGACAAUGUUCCUUGGGUCCUCCAUGGCCGGCAAGUCCACACUCUGCAAGAGCCUGAAGCAGAAGCAGACUGUGGCAGUGGACGUGAAGGACAGAACAGUAGGGAUUGAAAUCAGCGAGAUGAAGAUCGAAGACUUCCGAUUCCUUUUCUGGGAUUUCGCUGGACAGGAGGAGUAUUAUCUGACCCAUCACGUAUUCAUCACGCCUCAGGCCCUGGUUAUUUUGGUGAUCGACCUUGCGAGCUACAGGACUGAAGAUACUCAAUUCAACAGUAAGGUGGGCUUCUGGAUCAACAACAUCCUGAUGAGAGUGCCGGACUCCGUGGUGCUUCCUGUGGGGACUCACGUGGACCAGUGCGGAGUGGAGGAUGUGAGAGACAAGAAGGAAGACAUUCAGAGAAGAAUUCAAGUGAUGCUGGACAACAGAAAAAAAUAUUUAGAGAGGCGAAUGGACAACUUGAAAGAAAAUACAGAGCCAGCCUUGUUUUCUGAUCAGUCAAGCAAACUGGAUGAGCUCACAAACUACAAUUUACAGGUUUUAGACCUGAUCCCUAUCGACUGUACAAACUACAAAGACAUUGACAGCUUCCAACACCACAUCCUUACUGCGGUGCAAGAUAAAAAUAUAUUUCCAAACGUAGAGAAAAAACUGCCUCACAUCUAUCAAGCAGUGGAGUCGACGAUAACAAACCUUAUAAAGGAUAAGGAAAUCCCAGACCAUGGAAUAGUGUCAGUUAAUGAGAUGCUCAGUGGCAUCAACCACAAUGGAAGCUUUGAUAGGCUCGCUCAGGAUGAUCUGAAAGAUAUUUUACGCUAUCUUCAUCGAAUUGGACUCAUCAUGUGGUAUGAAGAGAGUACCAGGCUGGUCGGAACAGUAUUUGUCAAGCCAUCAUUCCUUAUCACAUUGUUUAAGAUGAUUGUUCGUCAUGAUCUUGUAGAACAGUUGCAAUCGAUCCCCAGGACAGUGCUGAUGGGAGAGCAUGCUUUUAUGAAGGACAAAGAAAGAUGGGCUUCUCAUUUCCAGACCAAGGCUAUUUUAUACCACAAAGCCAUGGUGGCCCUGACCAAGAACCUGCUCCAGCAGAUGGACUCACCCGAGGUGAAGGACAUCGCUGAGGAGAUCAUUGGGGGCAGGAAUGAGAAGGGGAAGCUCUUCAGCCUCCUGGAGCAUUUUGAGAUCUUCCUGGCGCUGAAGCCCUCCAACCCCCUGAAUCCAGAAGCCAAGGAGUUCAAGCCAGGGGGGAAGUGGGAGCAGAAAGAGACGGACGUCCCUUCAGAAGCGUACUUGUUUCCGAGCAGCUUAAACGGCAUUGAGGAAGUAUCGAAGUGGUGGGGAGAAGACCAAAAAGAAGACCUUUGUGUUCGAAUCUAUUUCCUACCGGAAAUUCCUCAGGGCUUUUUCCAUAGGGUUAUUAUUAAGGCAUGCUCCUUCUUUACACCUCAUGUGGUUGGAAGUGGAAGAUGUCACGUGGUCUCCAAUGGAAAACAAUUACUUAUUAAAGAAAAUAAAGAAGAUGACCAAAACAUUGAAAUCCGCUGUAGAAGACCUGGAAAGGAUGGGUUCCGCUUUACCUGGGACUUCAUUCUGUCAAUCAUUUCAAAAAUCCGGAAGCUGCUGGACCAGUGGCCUGGGCUUUACCACUGCUUGAGGAGCCCCUGCCCAUUCCCAGGCUGCAAAGACGACUUUGACUGGCCAGACAUGGAAGAAACUGCGGAAAUUUAUGACAUGGUGAAGGAUGAAAUAUCGACAUGUUGCCGAGGCCAUAAUCAUCCAACAGAGCUGCUUUUCCCAAAAGCUCCAAGUGCACCAGAAUCAAAAGAAAAGUUCCAAAAUUUAACUUACAUCACCAAUAAUGGAAAUACUGCCUUUGGACCUACCAGUAUGACUAUCCACCGUCAGAGUCUGGAUUCUUAAAGAAGAGUUUCGAGAUUCGUCCAUCACUUUUCAAACACUCUCCUUUGGAAUCUGUUUGUUUGUAUUCAGGUGUGAUACACUACAGAAAUAAAAAUGGUACUUA